AGGGCUGGCGCAGUCGAGUCGCCGCCGCGAUCCGAGUCGUGGACAGUGUGUCGCGCGUGUCGCUGUGUUGACCGAGCGCCGUGGCGACGGGCCGUGGGAGUGUGUGCUGGGGACGGCGUGACAGGAGGGACGGACUGAGGAAGCAGUGAGCACCAGGGGCUGCUGCUGGAGGUGCGUGAUAUAGUUCAUUAGUGUCCGGUGUACUGUGUGGUGUCGCAGGCCUUGUUGCGGAAACGGAACCUUCCGUGAUAAGGACGAAGACCUUCCGGGAACUGGAAGCGGCCACGCUGCUCGGUGGUGCCAAGUGUUGGGAAAACUACCUCUGGCGCCGUGAAAUUGUUUGGCCGUGUUAGUGAGGCUAAAAUAGCUUACGAGCGGUGACGCGCGAUUUAUAUUGGCCGACAGUUUCGAGUAGCGGUCUAACCGGGCUUGCCUUUAUCGCCCGCGAAUUGUGACAGCUGUCGUGGCCAAUCGCGGCUCGCGGUUUGAUUAGAGUAAUCACCGCAUUGUGGCAGUGCCAGACCGAGUGGCAGACUGAGCGAGAGUUCGAGCUCCGGACCGACCACCAUACCAUCCGUCUGGCUGUGUUGGACACUCCGCUCACGCCCACACAGCCGACUGAGCUGAGGACCUCCCCGACCUCCCGGGGGCGCCGAUCGGCACCAUCUUCACCUCUCGUCGCAGGUGCGGCAUAUUUAUCAACGAGCGCGGCGCGCGCGCCAUUUCGCAAGGUGCGUGCGGCCAGCUGGCAGCGGUGGCGACUGGCGACCCCGACUGGGGUGCGACGCGCCCAUCCCAACCGGUACGGCGGUGUGCGCGCGCUGUCAGUGGUGAGACGACUGAGUGAGAGGGCUGUGUGAGACGAGAGACCGGUGAGAACUGUGAGACACUGUGAGAGGUCAAGACGUCAGCGAGACACGUCAGGAGCACUUGGGCGAGACAUUAGCCAGCAUGACAGCUGAUGAUUUGUGAGACCCACAGAAAACACUCCUGAACUCCGUCCAAAAGUUGCAGACAGAGCGGGACUUCUCGAACUGCCGCUGAACUGUUCACAAAACCAGCAGCCGCCUGUCUGUGGCAGUCAGACUGUGACAGUUUUCCAGCCGUGACGGUCGCGCUGCCACGCCCAGUCGGGGGCGCUCCUGAGCCGUGACACGUCUUUCAUCGGCCGACAAAACCUCCCUCCGAGCCGGAGAUCACCUUCCUCUGAAGACCCUCCCACGUCAUGGAGCACCUGCGGGAGCCGCUGUCCUCGGCGCUGCCGCUGCAGCCGGAACUGCUGCUGGGGGUGCGCCUGCCGCCCACCCAGCCUCUGAAACUCACCUGUGACAAUCCGGCCGAGCACAUCAUCUGCGCCCAAUGCAACAUCGGUGGACCGCUGCCGGUGCCGCCCAGCCCCAACACGCCCACGCCAGACGGACUCUGCAGGAAGGCGGCGACGGGCGAGAUCGAGAUCGAGGCGGAGGGCGGCCGGCGCACUCUGCGCAGCACCUGCGACUGGUCAGAGGCGGCGGUCAACGGCGAGCACCUCUGGAUGCCCACCUCUGCGUCCGGCGACUUCUGUUACGUGCCCGACCCCGACUGUUCGAAAACGGGCUCGCGGAUGAAGUGCACUGCGUGUAAGAUCAUCUGCCACACGGGCUGCAUCGCCAACCUGAUCGACAAGGUCAAGUUCGCCUGCAAGCCCACCUUUCGGGAUGUCGGGAUCAGGCAGUACCGGGACAACACAGCCACUGCCCACCACUGGGUUCACCGCCGGAAUCAGAAGGGAAAAUGCAAACAUUGUGCAAAGAGUUUUAUGUCGAAACUGUCGUUUUCUACCAAAGACAUUGUGGCAAUAAGUUGUUCGUGGUGUCGAACCACCUAUCACAACAAGGAGCCGUGCUUCAGCAUGCAGAGGAUAGAGGAGCAGUGUAGCCUAGGAAUUCACAAAGACAUCAUCGUGCCGCCGUCGUGGAUCGUGAAGCUGCCGCGCAGGGGCAGCUUCAAGUCCAGCCUGCGGAAAUCGCCCAAGAAACGGUCGUCCAGCCGGCGAAAAAGUCGAGACUGGAUCGACAAAGAUCAGACGCGCGCCUUCGCCAUCAAGCCGAUCCCCACGGCCAACGUGAAGCCCAUCAUCGUGUUCCUGAACCCCAAGAGCGGCGGCAACCAGGGCGCCAAGCUGAUGCAGAAGUUCCAGUGGCUGCUGAACCCGCGCCAGGUGUUCGAUCUCACACAGGGAGGACCUCGAGAAGGGCUGGAGAUGUACCGCAAGGUGCCGAACCUGCGCGUGCUGGCCUGCGGUGGUGACGGCACCGUCGGGUGGGUGCUCUCUGUGCUCGACCAGAUGGGCUUCAGUCCCCCGCCGGCCAUCGCCGUCCUGCCGCUGGGUACCGGCAAUGACCUGGCCAGGGCGCUCGGCUGGGGAGGCGGCUACACAGACGAGCCCAUCUCCAAGAUCCUGUGCAACAUCUCGGAGGGCGAGGAGCAGGACCUCGACCGGUGGGAGGCGAUCGUCACCAAAAACGAGGACGCCGAUCCGAGUGAGGAGGGCAAGGACAACCUGCCGCUCAACGUCAUUAACAACUACUUCUCACUCGGCGUCGACGCCCACAUCGCGCUCGAGUUCCACGAAGCCAGAGAGGCGCGGCCGGACAAGUUCAGCUCUCGGCUACGGAACAAGAUGUUCUACGGCCAGGCGGGCGGCAAGGACCUGCUGCAGCGCCGGUGGAAGGACCUGUCGGAGCACGUGACGAUCGUCUGCGACGACACGGACAUCACCCACAAGCUGCGCGAGCACAAGGUGCACGCCAUCCUGUUCCUCAACAUACCCAGCUACGGCGGUGGCACUCACCCGUGGGCCGGACGGGACCAGUCGACUUCCGAUGGCCUGAUGGAGGUCAUCGGUCUCACCACCUACCAGCUGCCUCUGCUACACGCAGGAGGCCACGGCACCAGCCUGGGUCAGUGUCGGAAGGCGGUCAUCACCACGGCGCGCACCAUUCCAAUGCAGGUGGACGGCGAGGCGUGCCGGGUCAACCCGUCCAUCAUCACCGUCAGCCACCUGAACCGGGCGCGCAUGAUCUGCAAGCGGCGCGGAGAGAAGACCGUACUGACGGACACCCCUCAGGAGCAGCUGAGGAUACGCAUCAACCGGAUCACCAUGUCCGACUACGAGCAGUACCACUACGACAAGGAGACCCUGAUGCAGCACUCGAUGCCUCUGGGUGUGAUUCUGGUGGACCACGACUCUGACCUGGAGCAGGUGCGGCGGCACAUCAACCGGAUGCAGGAGGAGAACCAGCACACGACACCGCUCAGCCCCGAGUGGUGUUUCGUCGACUCCUGCACGGCGGAGCGUUUCUUCCGGAUCGAUCGCGCUCAGGAGCACCUGCACUUUGUAACCGACAUUAGCUCUGAGGACGUGUACGUCCUCGACCCGAUGGCGGUCACCUCGCAGGUCUCGGCCACGGCCAACAACAAGGACGAGUCUGGGCAGUCGGACCUGGACGCCGGUCCGGCAGAGGGCAGGUCGAGCGCCCGGGCCGGUAGCUCCGCCAGCCGGCGCCACAGCACCCCGUCCGUGGGCAGCUGCGCCUCCAUAGCCACCCAGUCGAGCCGGCUGGGCCGCCGCAGCUGCACCAGCCUCGUCUCCGGACACGUCGACAUCAGCUCGCUCAAGGAGCGCCUGUUUGGCGCCGGGGCCAGUCCCACCAGCCACCUGCUGGAGCGGUCGUCGGAGGAGAUUCUGCACGCCGCGCAGAGCGGUGACCUGCCCAGAGUGAAGGAGCUGCACACCUCUGGCGUAUCGCUGUUCUCCGUCAGCGCCAUGGGUCAGACGGCCCUGCACCUGGCCUGCUCGGCCGGUCACAAGGAUGUGGUCCGCUACCUGCUGGCCAAUGCGCCCGCAUCGGCCGUCAACAUGCGCGACAACGACAAGGGCCACACGGCGCUGCACUGCGCCGCUCUGCACGGCCGGCGGACCAUCUGCUCGAUGCUGGUGGCCUCCGGAGCGCUGCUCACACUGGCAGACAGUGACGGCAACACGGCCCGCCAGCUGGCCCUUCAGGCCGACGACAAGGAUCUCGCAGACUACCUGGAAAGUCAGGAGCAUUUUCAGCUGGUCGUGUCGGACGACCACGAGACGGCUGUGUGACGUCACCCGGCGGCUGCUGACGUCAGCGGCGGCCGUGUGACGUCAGACGGCGGCACGAGUGUGACGUCAGACGGCCGAUCGGCUCUGUAGCUGUGCAAUACGGAGUCAGAGGGGGCCGAGGGAGGCCGGUGUGUGUGUGCGAGGGGUGCCGGACGGGUGCCCGUCACUGUACAGUCUGUACUCACCAACAAGGAAAUUUGUAUUUUUAGAGGGAGAACGUGCCGCCGCUUCCUACUUUUUACAUGUUUUCCUGGUCUGUUGUUGGCACGUUCCGGUAUAUAUUCGUUGGAAGAUGGUCGUGGGGGUGACAUUCAGUAAACCCUGCCUUUCAGAAAAUGCCUUCAUCUUUGUACCCGUAUGUGUGCCCCCCUUGAUCGAACUUUACGCAGUCACCCCCUCCCCCGUUAGACGCGCGGCCUGAGCGCGAUGUCACGUGAUAGCCUGUGCGCACCCCCCCCCCCCCCCCUCCCCAGAGUGACCGGUGGGUUGGUGCUCUGAGUAUAUAGGGGGACCUGCCGUUAGGGCAGGCCGACCCCACCGCAGUCCAGUCAGGGCGGUGCGGUGGCGACCUCUGGCCUCUGGGCAGUUGCGCGAGCUCUAGAUUCGUGUGAGAUGUGAGAGAUUACUGAGUGCUCGCAGAAUGGCUUCAAUACUCGAGUCUAUCAUUGUAUAUUCCAGUGAUCUGCUUGUGUCGUGUUGAGCGUGUGAUGGUCUCAUUAUUCAAUCGGCUGAUACCGGAGGCGUGAGUAGUUACAUCGUUCGUUGAAUAUUCGCAUUAGCUCUCGCUCUGUCCCAGUGCACCGUUCCCAGUGGACAGCGGGUCACAGCGGCGGCGGCCGACUCUGUGCGGCGCGCGCGGCCCCCUCCCUGCCCGCCAGCGCUCCCCGAUUUCAGAUGCAAUACCGACCACUGAGGUCCCCGCACCGUUCACUCGUAGCUGGCGAGAAGGUAAUUUCUCGCCGUUGGUGUUGCGUGUCGUGGCCCUCCCAGUCUGGGGAGACGUUUGGUUUCAGCUUUAAACAGUAGUGAGUGGGCGCCGCCAGGAGCCAGCCUCCUGCGGCGGCGUGCGUGAGAGCGAGAGAGCGAGGCAGAGGUGCCGGCACGGGUCAGCGGCGGCCGGCGCCGGCCCCAGAACACACACCCAGUCUGUCUGCGAACGGUGACAAUUGUAUAAACAUUUAUGAUCGUGCCCAUUGAACGUGAGCCCCAUUCCGUGGAUGUAGUCGGUAACUUAUCACACAGGCCAAUCAGCGCCCCGGUAUACCGAUAUAUUGCCCGCUCCCGGCGAGAGAACAAUAAACCUAUCGUUAUUUU